AUGGCUCCCGGCCUCCUCGUCGACGAACCACAGCAGCAGCAGCUUCAUCAACUAUCAAAGCGGAACGAUGACGCCCCGCGACACAUAUUCCCAGACGGCAUCCGCACCUCAGGCCAGCACGCUCCCCUCUAUGACAAGCUCAAGCCCUACUCCUCGUUUCCCAAGGAGAUCACCGGCCCCACCGUCUGGACAGCCGCCGAAUUCGCGGGCCGGCCGGAGCGGUGGGUGCACCCGUUCACAGACUCGGAAAUCUCGGAGCUGAGCCGCGCGGCCGACGCCUUCAUUGCGCGCGGCACGCCCCUGACGGGGAUCAGCAGGCACAAUUUCCCGCUGCCCACGCUCGGAAGAAUCCUCACCGACCUGCGCGACGACCUGCUCAACGGCAAGGGCUUUGUCCUGUUUAAACGCUUCCCUGCUGACGCGUGGGGACCCUUGAAGACGGCUGUCGCUUACAUGGGGCUGGGCACGUACCUGGGAUAUUUCCUCUCGCAGAAUGGGCGGGGUCAUGUGUUGGGCCAUGUCAAGGACGUGGGUGAUGACCCGACGCAGAUCCAUACCGUGCGCAUCUAUCGCACGGCGGCGAGGCAGUUUUUUCAUUCGGAUGAUGGGGAUUUGGUCGGGUUGUUGUGUGUUCACCGUGCUCAGGAGGGAGGGGAGAGUGAUAUUGUUAGUGUGCAUCAUGUGUGGAAUACCCUGCAAAGGGAGCAUCCGGAUGUCGCGGAAUUGUUGACACGGGCGGUGUGGUACUUUGACCGGAAGGGGGAGGUGUCGGAUGGCCAGGAGGAGUGGAUCCGUCAGCCGGUUGUGUACCUGGAGAAUGGAGGGAAGGGAAGGGUGUACUGCAAGUGGGAUCCGUACUAUGUGCGGUCGUUGACGAGGUUCUCGGAUGCCGGGCUCGUUCCGCCGUUGAGUGCCGAGCAGGAGCGCGCCAUGCAGAUCCUUGAGGAGACCUGCCAAAGGGAGGCGUUGCAUAUGGUUCUGGAGGUCGGGGAUAUUCAGUUCUUGAGCAAUGCCCAUCUCCUGCACGCCCGGACGGCUUAUAAAGACUUUGCCCCUCCCGCACCCCGACGACACCUCCUCCGGUUAUGGCUUGCUACCCCUGAGGACGAGGGCGGCUGGGCACUGCCCAUGCCGGACAGCCAUGAGAAGAAGCGCGGCGGCGUCCAAGUCAACGACACGCCGCCGAAGGCACCGCUUGAUGCUGAAUGA